AUGCCUGAAUCAUACUCCUGUGGCUGCCCGCCCGUCCUCUCCAGCUCAUUCGACGCAACCCAGCGACGAUGCGCUCGCUUCCCUGCCCUCUACCAUACCAACAACCGCUACCUCAGCGGCCAACACUCCGAGAUAUGCUUCAUCUGCCGUCGAGAAUGGGGCGACCAAGACGUCGCCCUAGUCCACGUCGACGUAAACUGUGAAGUCGCCUGCCACGAAGAGUGCUGGGUCGGCAUUCGGGUGAACACCAAGAGAUAUCAAUGUCCGAAAUGCAGUGCGCCCAUUGAUGAGGUGAGGAGGGAUGGUAGUGGUCAGAAAGAGGCUAGCGGUAAAGUCGAUGAGAAUGAAAAGAACACUUUGAGAAUCUGUGCCAUGACCACACAGCAGAGAGCGGAGAUGGUGUAUCAACUGCGGAACCAGCAUAAAGCGCCAAUUGCCGAUACUAUCGAAGGGGAGGCGAGAAGUGUUUGGUUGGAGAUUGGGAAGAAAGCGAUAUAUCGAGAUGGACCGUGGAAUGGGCGCCAUUGGUUGGAAGCUUUGAAUGCGGCGUGA